AUGGAAGAGAAACAACAUUCCACCGCAUGCAACCUUCUUUACCUCAUCACCUAUUUCACCCUCCUCCUCCUCCCCACUGCCGCAACCACCGCCACCGACAUCAACGUCCUCCGAUGCCUCAUCCUCCUCCAAAGGCUCCCAAUCGAAAACAUCUCGUCUCUCCCACCAAACUUCAUCUUUCCCACCCUCAACAGAACCCCCCCUCUCGAUGUAAAUGGAUUUAUCGAAAGAAACUACUAUGUGUCCGAAACCUCCCUCUUCCCCACCACAUCCUUACCCUACUUUGCCAUCGACAAUAGCUUCUUCAACAUAUCCCCAGUUCCAGAAAUAUCCCUCCUCGAACCCGUCCGCAAUAACGCUGAUCCGUUUGCCGCCGUAGCUCGCGUCUUAAAAGAUUAUGGCUGCUCCUGUAUGGCCACGUUUCUUGAUGCUCAGCUGUCUAAAGAGUACCGUAACGGCACCAAUUUCACGAUCUUUGCGCCGUUAGACGUGGCGUUUCCUGAAGCCGUCAAGAGGAACAUCAGCUAUUACUCCGCGAUCUUCCGCAAGCACGUCGUGCCGAGGCUGCUUACGUGGCGCGACCUGAUUAGUCUCCCGGACAACACUCUACUGCCGACGUUAUUCUCCAACGAUUAUUCAAUCAGAGUGACGGUUUCAUGGAUGGUGCGGUAUGUCAAUGGCGUUUUGGUCGUCGUUCCGGACAUGCAUCGUAGCGAUUUCGUCGUCGUUCAUGGAAUCCGUAGAUUGCUUGAUAACACCAUAGUGUAA